AUGGGGCUGAUAUCAUUUCAAAUACUCUCCGACCUGCACCUCGAAACCCAUUCCUCAUACGGAAGCUUCAAGUUCCCUCAAACCGCAUCAUACCUCGCCCUUCUUGGGGAUAUUGGUCAUGUCGCCAAUGACGAACUCUUUUCAUUUUUGGAAACACAGCUUGGCAAUUACUCAAUCGUCUUUUUUCUCUUGGGAAAUCACGAUCCAUAUCAUCUCUCGUUCAAAAUUGCGAAGGCCAAAAUGUGCAGUUUCCAGGCUUCUACGGACAAAAAAGCUUUGAUGGGGAAAUUUUUUUUCCUUGACCAAACACGUUACGAUGUUACCAAAGAUCUGACCGUGUUGGGAUGCACUCUAUUCUCGCACAUCUCCUUCCAGCAAGAAUUCGCCGUCGAAAGCCGCAUGGUGGACUUCAAAGAUAUCUUAAGAUGGAACGUGGAUGACCACAAUGCUGCACACGAAUCGGAUCUCGAAUGGCUCAAUGCUCAAGUUUCCAUGAUUUCCAAAAACGAGCCCCUGCGGCGGAUUGCGAUUUUCACCCAUCAUAGCCCGAGCGUUGAUCCGCGGUGUACGGAUCCAAAUCAUAUUGGUAGUGAUGUGUCUACGGGCUUCGCAACAGACUUAAGUCACGAAGAAUGCUGGACUAAUCCUGCGAUCGUGGCAUGGGCAUUUGGCCACACGCAUUUCAACUGUGCUUUCAUAGAUACGGAUGGGAAAGCUAUUAUAUCGAACCAAAAGGGCUAUCGCUUGAUUCCUGCAAAGGAUUUCAAUUCGGGAAGGACAUUUACUAUUUGA